AUGCCUUUAUAAGUCUUGUCCUCUUCUCUUCAGGCCAGUGCCUCUACUGCUGACAAUCUUUAGCACAACGACAUAGAUGCUAAAUAAAAGUCAAUAAAUCUCAAUUUCGAACAACAAAAUUUGGGUAAUGUAGGAUUCAAAGAAUUCAUUUCUACUCUAUAGGAACAUGUCUCAGUAAAUGAUUUGACAUUCAACAUAAACGAUAACCACUUAAGCGAUGAGUAGUUCUUACAAAUUGGUGACAAACUUAGUCGCUUUACUUAAACAAGAAACUUAAAACUCUACUUAAAACAUAACAACAUAACAUCAAAUGGAAUAAAAUAAUUUAUUGAGAAAAUCUCCUCCCUGUAUGCCCUCCAGGAACUUGAAAUAGAUUUAACAAAUUUGCAUUUACAAAACAGUGGUAUCACAGAAAUCAGCUCUUCAAUAUAAUUACUAAAGAGCCUUACUUCUCUCACAAUUAAUUUAGAGAACAAUUAAAUCACAGAGUAAGGAGCUUAGCAACUUUUUAAAUCUAUUGGUUCUUUAACUAACCUUGUCCACUUAUCCAUACAAUUAGCUAAAAACACAAUCCGUAGUGCUGGUAUGGAGAAUUUAUCGAAUUCCUGGUCUAAUCUUUUAAAACUUGAAUCAUUACGUUUAGACGUCAUAAAUAACAACAUUGGUGACGAAGGUAUUAUCUCUCUUGCAAAUGCUAUCAGUUAAUUCAAAAAUCUUACCCGUGUUGAUCUUUAUUUGAGAUAUAACUCAAUCCAAAAUCUUGGCGGUGAAAUUCUAGCUAAGCAGAUUUCUAAAAUAGAAAACAUUAAAACUGUUAAUCUUUAUACAGGAAGAAACAAAAUUGACGAAAAAGGCGCUAGAAAUAUUUCAAGCUAUCUUGGUUCAUCCAACAGCUUAACUAAUUUAAUCAUCUACUUGAAUGAUGAAUCUAUUGAAUUACUUAAACAAGAAAUUGCUCACAAAAAAAGUCUCUACAUGAGUCUUUAAGUAUAUAAACAACACGUUGCUCCUCACUUAUAAUAUAUGCCUCUUUAAUCCUUGUGGGACUUAUACUACUGA